AUGUCAUUCAGUGAUCAAUUAUUAAACAAAUAUCAAAACUUAUUCACCAAAGCAACAACUCAUCAAUUCACUACAGAGUUAUGUCAAGGAACAUUACCAGAUAAUAAAUUAUUAUUAUAUUUAAUCCAAGAUUUAAAAUUUUUCCAAGUUGGUAUUAGAUUAACAUGUAAAUUAGCUUCAUUAUGUGAUGAUGAUGAAUCACAAAUUAAAUUAGCAAAACAAAUUGGAUUUUUUGCAAAUAAUGAAAAUGAUUAUUUUCAAAUUUGUAUUAAAGAUUUAUCAUCAAAAGUGGCAUUAGAUCAAUCUAUCUUAUUACCACAAGUGGAAACUUAUGUUGCAUAUCUUAAAAAUUUAUUAAAAUCAAAUAAUUAUUCAUAUGGUCAAUUAGUUACUGCACAUUAUUUAAUGGAAGAAGUUUAUUUAAAAUGGGCAAAUGAUGCAAUUGAAAACAAUACUAUCCCAAGUGAUAUUGAAUGGAAACAUAAAGAAUGGAUUGAUUUACAUAGUGGUGAAGGAUUCUCCAAUUGGGUUAAAUUCUUGAAAGAUGAAGUUGAUAGAGUUGGUGAUGAAACUUGUGAACAAAUUUUUGUUGAUAUGUGUAAAUUAGAAUUUGAAUUUUUUGAUGCAUGUUAUAAACAUUUGGAAUAA